CCUAGCGAGGGGUUGAAGGCAGAGAGGUAUGGCUUCUUCUUCCCCUUCAUCAUCGAAUUCGAAGUUCAGAGUGUAUCAAAACCCUUCUUUAUCCGCUGUUCUCACCUCCAAAAGUCUUCAACCUUCCAAUUACACUCUCUUCUCCGUCCUCUCUUUCUUCUCUGCCUCCGCAUUCGCCUUUCUCACAAUCGUCUUCAGGGAAAAUGGGUUCAUUGACAUCUUGAGGCUCCAAAGUCUUUCCCAUGUUACUGCUUAUUGGGUUGCCAAGACAUUACAAACUUUAGUGGGUGUUAUCUUCAUUGGAACUUUGUCGGCUCUCUUCAAAGUUAUUUAUCUUCGUAAAACUAGAUAUGGUGGUGGUGGUGGUGGUAGUGUUGCAGCUAUGCCUGUGCCUAAUUCCAACAAUGUGAAUAAAAAUGAGAUGUCUCUUACUAAACAUCAACUAGAGCUUUUAGGAGUUAAGCCAAAGGUUGAUUUGGUUAAGUCUGACUCAUUGAAAAAGCCCCCUAAGUCUAAAUCCCAGUUGGUGUCUUCGGAUUUGCUUGUUCCCCUUCAUCAGCCAAUUCAUAGCCCGAGUCGAUGCUCUUCUCGCAUUGAUGCUGAUGGUUCAAAUUCUAAUAGGGGUGCUGCGGCGCGUUCAAUUAGCACCCCCUCGAGGUCGCCGGGAUCAUCAUCUUUAUAUCUUUCCCCUGGAGUAGUUUCGCCCCCUCAGAGUUCAAGCGGAAUGGAUUUGGUUGUCUCUAGCCCUUGGUCUAAUAGGCGAGCCUCCUCUGGGAAGAAGAUAACAUCAGAGGAAAAGCUGGAACAGUUCUUAGCUGAAGUGGAUGAAAGAAUCACUGAAUCAGCAGGGAAGUUGUCCACCCCACCCCCUACUGUUCCUGGUUUUGGCAUAGCGAGCCCCAAUACGGUUACAGGCUCGGCUAAUACCUCUGGAACUACAAGGCUGACACCAUUGAGGCCUGUGAGGAUGUCUCCCGGCUCCCAAAAGUUUAAUACUCCCCCUAAGAAGGGAGAGGGUGACCUUCCUCCACCAAUGUCAAUGGAAGAAUCUGUUGAAGCUUUUGAGCAUCUGCGCAUCUAUCCUCAAAUUGAGCUGUGGCGUGACCAACUCAGGCAAUGGUUUUCUUCAGUUUUGCUGAAUCCUUUGCUUAACAAGAUCGAGACAAGUCACAUUCAGGUUAUGCAAACAGCUGCUAAACUUGGUAUUUCAAUCACAAUCACUCAAGUGGGCAAUGACAUGCUGUCUACUGGAAUCCCGGCUAUCUUGCCAGCAACGGAUAAGACUCAAGACUGGCAACCAGCACUGACUCUCAAUGAAGAUGGAUUGCUUCAUCAGUUACAUUCUACUCUUGCGCAGGCCAUAGAGGCUUCCAAAUCCAAGUUGCUUGUGUCUAAUAUGCAACAGUCCCCGCAGCAGGCUUCUUUGGUUCCUAUCAUGCAGGAUUGUGUGGAUGCUAUCUCUGAACACCAAAGACUUCAAGCCUUGGUUAAAGGAGAGUGGGUUAAAGGUUUGCUACCUCAAAGCAGUGUUCGCGCUGAUUACACUGUGCAAAGGAUCCGAGAGCUUGCAGAAGGAACCUGCUUGAAGAAUUAUGAGUAUCUUGGAAGUGGGGAAGUUUAUGAUAAAAAGAAUAAAAAGUGGACCCUUGAGCUACCUUCUGAUUCUCACUUGCUCUUGUAUCUGUUCUGUGCUUUCCUAGAACAUCCAAAGUGGAUGCUACAUGUAGAUGCUAUGUCUUGUGCUGGAGCUCAUUCUAGCAAAAAUCCCUUAUUCUUGGGAGUCCUUCCCCCAAAGGAAAGGUUUCCAGAGAAAUACAUUGCUGUAGUGUCUGCUGUCCCUUCUGUGCUGCACCCAGGAGCAUGUGUACUAGUAGUUGGAAAACAGGGUCCCCCAAUUUUUGCCUUGUACUGGGAUAAGAAGCUGCAGUUUUCUCUUCAGGGAAGAACGGCACUCUGGGAUUCCAUCUUACUUUUGUGCCAUAAGAUUAAGGUUGGGUAUGGAGGUAUUGUUAGGGGAAUGCAUCUAGGUGCUUCAGCUUUAAGCAUUCUCCCGGUUAUGGAAACAGAAUCUGAGGAUUGAGUUCUGUAUUUUCUUGUACCAACAUUCUUCAUGCUGACUUCAACUUCUGCAGUAAAUCACAUUCCUCGCAAUCAGAAAUUUUAGGAAAGAACUUGCUGGAGGAGAAUUCCACCUGAUUGAGGGCUGAAUAGAAUUAUGUUGUGUCAGCUACUUUGUCAUGUGUCAUUUCUAGAGGCCUUUAGAAUGCCCGACUCAUAGAUUUCACUGUGUCCGUGUUCUUGUACUUGUCAAAAAUCAAACUCGGAUAGCUGAGCUGAUGACCAAAUGAUUAAAGAGGAACAUAUUUUGUUAGCAAUAUAUUUACUUG